AUGGGGGGAAUUACCCAGAUAGAGGCGGAUCCUGCCGAUACAACCAGAUAUCUCUCUCCGACAGUCCGAUUUCGUAUUCCAGACGGUGAUUCGGAAUCCCGUCCCAAGACUGCAUUGACGACACUCACACUAUUGGGAGUUAUUUACACCGCGAGUAUCAGCGGGGGAUAUGGAUUGGAGGAGUCUGUCAGUGCAGGAGGACCUCUCUUGACGAUAAUCUUUCUAUUUCUUAUUCCAUUUUUAUGGGGCAUACCGGUGUCAUUGUGCGUUGCAGAAUUAUCCUGUGCAAUCCCGUCCAACGCGGGUCCUAUUAUGUGGGUGAAUGUUUCAUGUGCCUCGUGGUUUACAUUUUGUACUGUCAUAUGGACGGCUU